CCAACAAUGAUUCUCUCUUUCUUCACCCUUUUUGUUCAUCUUAUCCAAAUCCCUGCUGGGUUUUUCCUUUUCCUAUUUCCUUUUCUACAUAUUUCUAUUCCAUUUUGUUUUCUCAAGAAUCAUUCAACAAUCCCACAAAUUUUUGCUAAAAAAAGAUGCCACUUUCAUAGCAAUUUCACCUCUUCCAGUGAAAAAGAUUCCAUCUUUUUUAUAUAUAAACCAUCCAAUCAAGAUUUGUUUUUUCAGAGUUUAUGGGCAAGCAAAGGAUGUUUAAAAUCUGGGUUUUUGUAUAUAUACCAAUAUUAUUUUGUACUAGUAGUAUGCAUGUGGGGGGGCUUGGGGUGAACUGGGGGACCAUGGCAACCCACCAGCUGUCACCCAAAGUUGUGGUGCAGAUGCUGAAGGACAAUGGGAUUCAGAAGGUGAAGCUGUUUGAUGCUGAUCAGUCCACCAUGGGAGCUCUUGCAGGGACUAGCAUUGAAGUAAUGGUGGCCAUUCCCAAUGAUCAGCUUCUUGCUAUGAAUGACUAUGGCAGAGCUAAGGAUUGGGUGAAGCGCAAUGUCACUCGCUAUAACUUCAGAGGAGGUGUCAACAUUAAAUAUGUUGCAGUUGGUAACGAGCCAUUUCUUGCAUCAUAUAACAACUCUUUCAUACACACGACCUUUCCAGCGCUUCAGAACAUCCAAAAUGCCCUAAACGAGGCAGGACUUGGGAGCAAUAUAAAGGCGACUGUGCCCCUAAAUGCUGACGUCUACAACUCGCCUGAGAGCAACCCGGUGCCUUCAGCUGGUAGGUUUCGGGCAGAUAUCAGCGAGGAAAUGAUCCAAAUCGUGCAGUUCCUGCACCAGAACAAUGCACCUUUCACGGUAAACAUAUACCCCUUCUUGAGUCUCUAUUUGAAUGAAAACUUCCCUGUCGACUAUGCCUUCUUUGAUGGUACAGCCAAUUCAGUAGUUGAUCACGGGAUCCCAUACACGAACGUGUUCGAUGCCAACUUUGAUACCCUGGUUUCAGCCCUAACCGCGGCUGGGUAUGGUGACACCCCGGUUUUGGUUGGAGAAGUGGGAUGGCCAACCGAGGGAGACAAAAACGCUAAUGUAAACUUGGCCUAUAGGUUCUACCGGGGACUCUUGCCAAGACUGGCAGCUAAUAGAGGGACGCCCCUGAGGCCCGGGUAUAUAGAGGUGUACCUGUUUGGGCUUCUCGACGAGGAUGCCAAGAGUAUAGCGCCCGGUAACUUUGAGCGCCAUUGGGGGAUUUUCAGGUACGAUGGACAGCCAAAGUUCCCCAUGGACCUCUCGGGCCAGGGACAAGACAGGUACCUCGUGGGCGCCAAGGGCGUGGAAUACCUUCCAAAGAGAUGGUGUAUGUUGAGGCCAGAAGCGAGGGAUUUGAGCAGACUCGGGGACAAUAUCAACUACGCUUGCACGCAUUCAGAUUGCACCGCUCUUGGGUAUGGCUCUUCGUGCAAUGGUUUGGACACGAGUGGCAACGCAUCGUACGCGUUCAAUAUGUAUUUUCAGGUGCAGAAUCAAGAUGACUUGAGCUGUAAUUUCCAGGGUUUGGCAAUGGUGACUGACCAGAACAUAUCUCAGGGAAACUGCAACUUCACCAUUCAGAUAGUGGCUUUGUCUCCCAGGUUAUUGCCAGGGAUUAUGGCACUUUUAACAGGCUUUACAUUUUUGUUAUUAUUAUAGAAAAAUAUAUAUAUUUUGUGCAGAAACUUCCUAUGUCCUGGUGGUAAUCUUGAAUAUUGUUUUGUGCUAGCUGUUGUAAAUUUUUGCUAGUGUUACUGUGUUGUGUUGUAAUAAAUGUUCAACCCUGUAUUACAUUUUUUGGUGAUUAGAGAAAACCAUUACUCGAGAGUGUGUACAAUAUAAAUUUUACUUCCUGUACGAUGGAUCAACUUAGAGUUAUAAAAA